UACGAUCCAUCAAAAGUCCAAACUCUAAACCCAUCCAACCCUAGCUAGCAGCAAAUACUGGUGAAAGUCCAUGAGAAAAGGAUGGAUAUGAGCAACACCAGAAUCAGUUCACAAAAGCAAAAACCCCCGUUCCCGCGUUUUUAAAAUUGGCCUUUCCUUUGUUGUUUGUUCCCAUUCCCAAUUCUCUCACUCUCCAUUUCAAUUCAAAAACCUAACUUCCCAAUCUCUCUCUCUCUGUGGGGAAAAAUUCAGUUUCCAUUUCUAUCCAAACACUCAGACUCUCUCAGUGAGUCAGUGAGGUAGCGAUUGAGAGAGAGAGAGUAGGAAGAUGAUGAAGACGAAGACAUUCAAGGGUGCCAAUGUGUUAAUGUCGCGCAACCUGGUGCCUCCUGAAAUCUUCGACACUCUUCACGACGCCCUCAAGCAUAACGGCGCCGACGUCUUCCUCUGCUGCGACCCUUCUCGCUCCGCCCCUAACGAUUACCACAUCAUCUCUUCCCCCGAUCACGAGAAAUUUCUGGACCUUAGAGCCAAAGGUUGCAAUUUACUUGGUCCUCAAUGUGUUCUUUCCUGUGCAAAAGAGAAUAGAGCUUUGCCUAAACAAGGGUACACUUGUUGCUUUGCAAUGGAUGGUGUCAAAGUACUUGCAUCUGGUUUUGAGGCGGAUGAAAAGGUUAAAAUAGAAACAUUAGUAACAGCAAUGGGAGGAGUGUUGCAUCCUAAAGCAUCUCUGGAUGUUAGCUUUGUCAUUGUGAAGAAUGUUCUGGCUGCAAAAUACAAGUGGGCUUUAAAUAUUCUGAAGAAACCAAUUGUCACAAUUGAGUGGUUGCAUCAAUGCUGGAAUGAGCACCGUGUUGUUCCUCAGGAAUCAUUCAGAGUUCUUCCUUUUUCUGGAUUGACAAUUUGUGUGACCCAAAUUCCAGCAGAUGAGCGAAAGGAGAUUGAAAAGCUUAUUACACAAAAUGGUGGAAAAUAUUCUGCUGAACUGACCAAGAAGUGCACACAUUUGAUUUGCGAUGCUGCUGAAGGUGACAAAUACAAGGUUGCCCGACGAUGGGGUCAUAUUUAUAUUGUAACUCGGAAAUGGUUCUAUCAAUCCAUUGCUAGAAGAGCUUGUUUAAAUGAGGACUCCUAUCCUGUUCAGGGUGGUUCUGUAUCUUCAAAUAAAAAUGUAAGGAAUCGCCUGACUCUACAGCAUAGCCUAGACAAGGGUAUUGGAAAUUCACAGUCUGUGCCAUCCACAUCGGAAGAUUUAAACUCUCAAGCUGCUCCCAGCAUUGGGUUUGCGGAUUCCGAUGUAGAAGCCACUCUGUCGCAGAAUGUGUCUUCUGCUUUUUCGGAUCCUCCUGUCUUUGUUAAGGAGGGGGAUUUUGAAAAACCUACCAUGCAGCCCAAUAAUGAAACAAGCCUUGAUGGUUUUGUUGCCAAUGACUCUCAAUCUGAAGAUGGUGAUCUAUACUUGUCAGAGUGUAGAAUAUUACUUGUUGGCUUUGAAGUUUCUGAAAUGCGUAAACUAGUUAGUAUGGUGCGUAGAGGUGGAGGAUCCCGGUAUAUGUCAUUCAAUGAUAAAUUGACACACAUAGUAGUUGGAUCUCCUUCAGAGAUUGAGAAAAAGGAGGUAAGGAGCCUUGCAGCCUUGGGUGUCAUUUAUGUAGUUAAACCCACCUGGCUAGAGGAUUGUGAUUGCGAAAAGAAAGAGAUCCCUGUUCUACAGAGAUACAUAGCCUAUGAUCUACUUCUUCCAAAAGAUUCUGUCUUCUCCACAAAAGGAGCAGUGAUUGGAGUAGCCAGCUUAAAUCAAAGUAAAAACUCCACAGCUCAUCCUAGCAUGUCAUCCGAUCAGGUACUGGGGAAUAGGAACUCUGGAAUUGGAUUGCCGUCAUUGGAGAAAAACAAAGAAGAGAGGUCAGAAAUCAACAUGAAAGGAGACAGUUCUCUUAAAGCAACGGCCAAAUUUUCUGAGCAAAGUCAACUUCCUGUUAUAAAUGGUAAAGGUAAUGGUCAAUUGACGGAUAAAAAAAAUGGUCGGCAGAAGACACAACAUGAUUCCAGUGUUAAAAAUGGGAAGCCAUCAGGUGUGUUCAAGGGGAGAGUAUUUUGCUUCUCAAAAUCCUUUCCUGAGGAUAGAAGGGCUGAAAUUGUUCAAUGGGUAGUUCAAGGAGGAGGAAAGGUAGUGGAUGAUCCUGUGAAACAAAAUAUGCACUAUACCAUUCAGUGUCAUGGUGUAAUAACCAGGUCUGUAGACGCUCCCCAAACCACACGUGUAUCCAGUCACUGGAUCCGGUCUUGUUUAGAGGAGGAAUACUUGCUGGAUGUUGGCAGUCACAUUCUCUAUUCUCCACUUCCCUGCCGGAUUCCCUUGCCUGGGUUUGAGAGAUUCCGAGUCUGUGUUUCACAAUAUGAGGAGAAAGAUAGACAACUAUUAAGAAACUUGUGUUUUGUUCUUGGAGCUAAAUUUGCGGAAAAACUUACUAAAAAGGUUACCCAUUUAUUAUGUAAAUUCACCAAUGGACCAAAGUAUGAGGCUGCUCGUAAAUGGGGGAUACACUCAAUUACAUCAGAGUGGAUAUAUGAGUGUAUCAGGCAGAAUGAAGUUGUUGCUCUGGAUUCAUUUCGCCCAAAAGAGGUCACUGUUCAAGACCAAGAGGCAGGAUUGUGUACCACGAGUCAGUUUCCUACACAAGCUGUGCGGAUGGUAUCUGGAGGUAGUCCCUCUUGCUUUCCUAGUCAAUCACAAGACCUAAGAAACACAGCAACUCAGUGUACCUUUAGCAGAAAUGACAGCUUUAAGGAAGAAUCUGAACAAUCAAGUGUGUUCAACAAAAGGGCAAAGCUUUUGGAAGAUGAUGACCAAAAGGAUCUGCCUUCCUCUAAAGUACAUUUAAGAGAUCCCAUCAACUUGAAUGCCAUUGGAGACAACAUAACAAAAGAUAAUGGGGAAGUUUCUCAUGCUGUUCCUGAUGUUGCUGCUGCUAUUGAGGACUUGUUGGAGCAGACAAGCAAGAUUCAUGAUCAGAAUUCACCAGGAAGGACUGGGUGUGAUAAAAAUCUUUUCUCAUCUGAUUAUUCAAUCCUUGGUCAAGACCAUUCAGAUGCUCACUCUGUCGUUGGGUUGUCUAAACACUGGUUAAACAGGACUGGGAAAAAUGAUGAUGUUUGCAAUCCUUCUGGAGAUAGAAGUGCAGGAAUAUAUGAUGGUUUUAGUGAAACACAAACAGAGUCUCAGGUUGUUGGUUAUGAAGAAGAUUUGUCAGGCAGGCAAAUGCUUAUAGACAAAGUUCGAACACGAAGUAGCUUAACUUGAAGCACUAGAAAAGCCUCCCUAUAAACAGCCUGUGCUGUUUGGAGGUUUGAUGGUAAAUUGAGGUUGUUUUCAGCUAUUGCAAGAGAAUUUCUUGUCUUGUUCAAGUGCCGAUUCCUAACCUUGCCGUGGUGCAGAAAGAGGAGGAAAAGAAGCAUACAACCCAAGAUAAGGUGAAGAUGGUAACCAUGUACUUUGUAUUGACUAUUGUUUUCUACAAAAUUUAAGGAAAGGGAGCCAAUGGUGGAGGUUUAUCGGUGUUAGUCUCAAUUCUCACCUUAAUUUUUGUCAGUAAAACAUUUAUGUGAUCUAUGUAACUCUUUAAGCAGCAGCUUAUAGAAAUAGGUUGAAAAAAUAUUUGAUGUA